ACGCGAAAAUCAGCACCGCGCAGCUCCGCCGGUGUGCAACUCUUGCGGCGCGCGCCAGUCCGCUGCUGUCGUCCGCGACGAAAAGUGGGUCGUGGCCGGUCGUCGUCUCGCCCAUCAACCGAGUUUCAGUUUCCGCUGCCGGGAAUAACAAACCGUACCAACCAACUCACCUGAUUCUCGCGAGAGAACUCACACUACCACAACAACAAGAACAACAAAAAGUGUGCUGUGAAUUAUUCAGGAGGAUAAUAUCAUAAUCAACACACAGGAACGGUUUAGACAGCGCGUAUACACACACGAAAAUGUUAUCGAUCUGCAAGCAGAGCUUCGCUGCGGCGAACGCAAGGCUGACGGUGCGAUGCCUGGCGUCCAUUGUGCCCGAAGCCAAGAUUCCCGACUUCGGGGUCAAGAACGAGCCUGUCCUCGAGUACCUGAAGGGAUCCCGUGAGCGCACUGAACUCGAAGCGGCCCUUAAAGCCACUGCAGGUAAAUGUGAAGACGUCCCGAUUGUCAUUGGUGAUAAGGAAUUCAAAACGGAUAAUGUACAAUAUCAGGUUAUGCCACACAAUCACAAGAAACAAAUCGCUAAAUUCUACUAUGCUGAUGCCAAGCUCGUCCAGAAAGCGAUUGAUAACGCCGUGGAGACACAAAAGAAGUGGGAUAAAGUCCCGAUUGCGCAGCGGUUGAACAUCUGGGAGAAGGCCGCGCAGUUGAUGGCCGGAGAAUAUCGCGCCAAGCUUAACGCGGCGACCAUGCUGGGUCAAGCUAAGACCACGGUGCAGGCGGAGAUUGAUUCCGCCGCGGAGUUGAUUGAUUUCUUCAGGUUGAACGCGUUCUUCUUGAAGGAGGCGCAUAAGUAUCAGCCGAUUUCGGAGAAUCCGAAAGUCACCAAGAACUCGAUGCGUUAUCGUGGUAUCGAUGGGUUUAUCGCGGCGGUGUCACCGUUUAAUUUCACUGCCAUCGGUGGGAACUUGGCGUAUACACCUGCAUUGAUUGGUAAUGCUGUGCUAUGGAAACCUAGUGACACAGCGCUGCUCUCCAACUGGUUGAUCUUCAAGAUUUGCCGUGAAGCUGGCGUGCCACCAGGUGUGGUAAACUUUGUUCCUGCUGAUGGACCAGUAUUCGGUGAUACUAUCACAGCGUCUCCGCAUCUUGCUGGUAUUAAUUUCACCGGUUCAGUUCCUACAUUCACACGAUUGUGGACGCAAGUUGGUAAGAAUAUCAACAACUACAAAAACUUCCCGCGGUUGAUUGGUGAGUGCGGUGGUAAAAACUACCACUUUGUGCAUCCAUCCGCGGAUGUGACCAGUGUUGUCAACGGUACGAUACGCAGCUCGUUUGAGUUCUGCGGGCAGAAGUGUUCGGCGUGCAGUCGUAUGUAUUGCCCAGAAUCUCUAUGGCCUAAGGUUAAAGAAGGUUUGGUCUCAUUACGCGCCACAUUGAAAAUCGGCGACCCCACCGAAUACGACACCUUUACUUCGGCUGUCAUCGACGAUAAAGCCUACAAACGUAUCAAGGGAUACAUUGACCAUGCCAAGAAGAGCAAAGAUCUCGAAGUGGUCGCUGGUGGUAAGUGCGACGACAGCACCGGUUACUUCAUCGAGCCGACCAUCGUGCAGUCGAAGAACCCCAAGGAUAAGAUCAUGGUCGAGGAGAUCUUUGGCCCUGUUUUGAGUGUUUAUGUUUAUCCGGAUAACAAACUGGAUGAGACUAUGGAUCUGGUGGGAAAUUCCACGGCUUUCGCUUUGACUGGUGCUGUAUUUGCUCAAGAUCAAGCAUUCUUGAAACGUGCUUUGGAGGAGUUGAAAAUGACUGCUGGUAACUUCUACAUCAAUGAUAAGUCAACUGGAAGUGUUGUUGGUCAACAACCUUUUGGUGGUGCCAGACUUUCAGGAACAAACGACAAGGCUGGUGGUCCCCACUAUGUCCUCCGAUGGGGUAACCCCCAAGCGGUGAAGGAAACCUUCGUCCCACUCACCGAAAUCAACUACCCGUACAUGAGCCAGGUGUAAUUCCCUCUUGCCCAGCCAUAAACACACUCGCCACACACACACCGACACAAUAUCAUCAAAAACACAAACAAACAAAAAUAUCAAAAACCUAACUAAUAAGGGUAGACAAAUGGGGUUAGGUGCUGAGGAUGGUAAACAACGGCAAUUCUCGUUUAUAAUUUGAACAAAAACCAAACCAAACGCUUUAUUACAAUUAUUACAAAGUGAAAGUAAAGUAAAAAAAAAAAGAGAAGUAAAUUAAAUCCUUGUGUGAUGUGAUGUGAUUCAAUCACCACGACGCCCUCCAAGGGCACGAUAUUUAUUGUUGGAAAUCAUUACAUUACGUCGAUGGUUGCCCUCGAAUCUAUAUUAUUAUAAAUAUUGUAUUAUUUAAUUUAAAUAUUUUAUUGAAUUCUGUUACAAAUUGUAUAGGAAUAAUACGAUGAAGGAAGCCAAAGUGAUUUCGUUUCUCAUUGCUUUCUUAUUAAUAUUAUUAACAUGAUUAAUACACAUUUAAUGCUGCUGGAGGGUUGAAUGAGUUUGUAGACGUGUGCUGAUGAUAGUACGACACAAUGUGACAAUAUUACCAGAAUUAGUCUAAUGUUUAACGAAACCGAAUAAUAUUUAACGAAAGCAACGUGUUGAAAGUAGAAUGUAAUCUGUGCGAAUGUUCUCUCAAUGUGUACUUUCUCGACGUGAACAAAAAAAAAAACAAACAAACGAAUCUUUCAUCUGAAGAUCCAUGAUCAAUGUGUAUUAUACUUAAACAUUUAAACAUUACCGUAAAUGAAUUAAAUGAAUACGAAUAAGAUGUGUAUGUACAUGUUGAUGGAGGGGAAGCAGUCACGUAGGCGACUGUUUGUUAUGUAAUGAUGUUAAUUAAUUGCGAUUGUAAUGUAGCAGGUGCAGUUACGGCAAACGUUAUAUCAGUUUUGUAAGUGUACAUUUGCUUUGUGCAUAAAGCGCAGGUGAAAAUAGAGGAAAUGUAAUAAUUUA